UCUAUUCGACCUGAAGGGAAGCUCCGUCUGAGGGAAAUUGCGGCUUUCCCUCCCGCCGUCGCAAAACCCCCCAAAUAUAUAGGGAAAGAAGGAAACAAACGUCCCCAGUGCUUGCCCCAACUUCGAGAUAGCCCACAGCCUAAUUAGAGGUCCAAUACUCCUUGGAAAACAGUUAACUGAACGAAUAUGGCUACUGCUCAACUCUUGCAUAUUGGGCAGAAGCCCAAAACUUUGAAGGAAACGUCUCUGUUUCCAAACAGAGUUGCCACUGAGCAGCAGUCUAUGGUUUUGGUGAAAAGGCUGCUAGCAGUUUCAAUCUCCUGCAUAACUUACCUCCGAGGGCUCUUCCCAGAAAGCUCUUAUGGAACCUGCUAUUUAGAUGACAUGUGCCUAAAAAUUCUUCGAGAAGAUAAAAGCUGCCAGGGUUCACUCCAGAUAGUCAAGUGCAGGAUUCAAGGGUGCUUUGAUGCGCUGGAAAAGAACUAUCUACAUAUGGCUGUCUUAACAAUCUAUACCAACCCUAAAGAACCUGAGCACAUGACAGAAUUCUACCGGUUCAAGUUCAAGUAUUCAAGGAAUGGACCUCAGAUGGACUUUGAUAGUGGUGACACUCAAGGGAACUUUACAAAUGGAGGGAACAGUGAGGAAAUUAAGCAAGCCAGCAUCUUGUUGAUCCGCAAACUGUAUGUCUUAAUGCAGAAUCUUGGACCGCUGCCUAAUGACAUUACAUUGACCAUGAAACUGUUCUACUACAAUGAUGUCACACCCAAUGAUUACCAGCCCCCUGGCUUUAAGGAAGGCAACAUCUCUGAUUGCCUGCUUUUUGAUGGUGAACCAGUGAACCUCAAAGUCGGGUCAGUCUCCACUGGGUUCCACAUUAUGAAAGUGAGAGUAACAACAGAUAGCAAACGGAUGGGGUUGCUGGAGAGCAAUCUGGUUGAGGAGAAUGGUUCCACUGAGAUCUCCCAUCAGGGGCUAGACUGUGAUGAGGAAGAAGAGGAAGGCAGCACUAAAGUAAAGGAAGAGAACCUUCAAGUUGAUGGCAUGGACAAAAACAGGAUGCAUGAAGGGAAUGCAGAUUCAGAAGGCAAAAACAGUGUUUUUUUUAAUCAAAAGGGAGCAGAAACAUCUAGAAAGACUGGUGUAAAAGGGGCAGAAAAAGCAUCUCAUCAGAAAUUGAGACUGGACAGUGCUUUUAGCCAGGAGGAAGCAAGUGGCCCAGGGAAGAAGAGGAAGGUCAGCAUGCCAGUCAACUCCAUUCUUGCAGCUCAGCAUCUAUGACUGCCAUGGACUGCUUUGCUUUGACUAUAAUGUGCUAGUAGGCAUCCUUCCUGUUUACUGUGUCUUCUAAUCUUUUACCUGCUUUAGUGAACUCUCCAUGCACAGAACAUAUCUAUAUUUUCAAGAGGCUAUAUCUAGUUUCCUGUUUUAAACCCUGUGUGGAAUAGACCUGCAUAUAUAAAUGUAUAGGGUGUAGUUACUUUGAUGCUCUAGCUAAGCUAGAAUGAACCUCCAUAGAUUCUAUACAGUUUAGGGGUGUUUGAAGCUGUUGUUUUUGCCACACUGAUAGAAACAUCCCCCAUUCUUUCCUUUCCAGUCAUUUCUAUUGAGCUUGUAUCUGUCACUUGGUUAUUAAUUGUCAUUUAAGAUGCCACAGUCUGAAAAUGCAAGUUGUAGCUCAAACUAGCAGGAUAUACAGUAGUUGCUUCAUUGUCUACUUCCACUUCCCCAAGCAGUUGAAGGUUUUGGGGACAGUCACCAUAAGAUCCUAUUCAUUCUUUGUAGAUGAGAGUACUGGAAAUUUGCACUCACGCUCCAUAGUUUGUUAAUUUACAAAUAUUCAGGUAUUUAUCUGCCUUCUGUCCACAUAAAAAGUCUCAUCUCUCAUUCCCUGGCUCACCCCAGGCCAAAUUGCCACAUACUACACCUUUUCCCAGAGGGCAGGACUCUUCAGACAACAGCCCCAUUUCCUCUCCAUUAAGUGACACUGCCCCAAAGUGCUUCAUCACAAAGCAUAUAGUGUGGAAUUGCUACACUUGGUUCAUAUUUUAUGGGGAAUCUACAUCAGGCUUCAGAAUAUCUGGUGCUUUUUAAAAGAAUUGAAGAGUAAUGCCGUCCCUGCAAGUAUAGACUACUUUAGCACUUCUGUCUGUUUAACAGUUCUAGUUAUGAUAUGUGCCGGGGAAUCUAUUGCCACUUUACACCAUUUAAAUUUGUGUUCUAUUUAGUGAAGAAUGCUUUUCCAUUUCUUUUAAAAAUGAACAUAUUCAUACAAUAGUGCUUAACUGAAAUACAGUUAUAGGGGUGAUUAUAAAACUGAUUUUAAAAAUUUCAUUUUUCUUUACCAUUAAUUUUAGCACUUCUUAAUUUUUUCCAGUCAUCCCAAAACACUUCAUAAUAUUUAAAAACAUUUAUAUUAAUUCCUUCCUUUUUGAAUAUUCUUUAUAUACCAACUAUAUUAAUCUAUAUAUGCUAAAUAUAACGCAGCAUGAAACUGUGUGUGUGUGCGUGCAUAUAAAUAUAAAUGGUUUCUAUACUAAUAUUACAAAGAAAAUGAAUAUAUGUAUUGUAAAUAGAUAAAUAAAUAAAUGGCAGUUUCAAAAUGUAA